AUGAAAGUAUACCAACCCCAAGCUGUGUGCACAGGCCAGCAGCUUCUUCUGGUGCACACAGUGUGGAUCCUUUUAUCUUCCUCAUUGAAGUUUUUCCUGCAGACCAUUUACUUUCUUGCAAGUGGCCUGUAUUUGCUAAUACAAUUUAAAGAACCUGGACAGAGUGAUAAAGAUGACAUGCUAGUGAUUGACCUUGUGUUCAAGCAGUGUGCAGGAGUGUUUCAUUCACACCAGGGAAAGCACAGGCUCCAUGUAGACACUGGAAUGGAAGGCAGCUGGUGUGGCCUUAUUCCUGUUGGACAGCAUUGCAACCAGGUGACGACAACAGGCCUGAAAUGGAACCUCACAAAUGAUGUGCUUGCCUUUGGAACACUGGUCAGUACUUCUAACACCUACGAUGGGUCUGGGGUCGUGACUGUGGAAACUGAUCACCCGCUUCUCUGGACCAUGUCCAUCAAAAGCUAACCUAGAGUAUGGUGUCCAUCAUGUGCCUCUGCCUUCCCUUAUCUGCCCAGUGGCUCUUGCUCACCAUGAAGAAAUCACCUAGGUGUGCAGAAAUCUAAACUUCUCCAUAGGAAGCCUUGGGCUUUCAAGAUGUUGGGGAUUAGGGUACAGCUGAGGAGAGGAGCACUUGCUCCAUAGGGACAAGGUUCGACCCUGAACACCAUAAAAUAGAGAUUGCUGGUGUUUAAACAUUCUAGUCAUGCUAUAAAUGAUAUCUCAAUUUUAUAUUGAGGGAAAAUUAUGUUUCAUCAAAGUAAAUAAGCUUUAUUAUAAUCUAUUGAAAAAGCUAAUGUAGAUCAUUACAUUAUAUAUUCAGUUCUGAUCAUUGUAAUUAAUAAGUCCAUUUACCUUAAAAUUCUUUUUUAAUUUCAAAGCACCAAAAACUGUUGUCAGUGUUGCCUUGGAGUCUAGACUUCCUUAAAUGCCUGCCAACAAGGGCUGCCUGCCUCUCAGUAUCUCCUCCCAGCAUUGGAUUCCUCUCUAUAAUGUAUAUUAUCUUCCAGAGUGCUAGGAUAGAAUGGCACAAUUCACCUUGACACGAUCUUUUAAAAGAUAGGAAUCACUGACUUAAUGGGUAGAUUUGAAAACAAGCAGUUACAUAGGUUAUGGGUAAAUGAGAAGUGGUGAUUCAUGAUUCCCUCAUACAUUAACCCCUCAAAACUUACAAGUAAUCACUCUGAGCUUUAGAAAUGCAGAGAUCCUUAUGAAAAUCCUGACAAACUCAAAAGGUUUGUAUAGAGGAUUCUUAAUCCUAAAAAUUCAGUCACUUUUAACAUACCUCACACUAAAAAAAAAUGAACUAUUAAUUCAUGGACCAUACAUUUCCUGACAUCAGCAUAAAAUGAGUGCACCUGUGGAGAUAAAUGAACACAGCCUGCUGAGGAAGUCAUCCCAGCCCACCAAGUACCUGGUUCCUGAAGCCGUGUAGCCGUAGAGUGGACGGGUUGGAAUCAUUGCGUAGGAAUGAACUACAGAUCCAAACUCUACUGCUAGCAUGUUGCAGUUGGAGAGCAGAUAAUACUAACUUAGCAUAGGCUUGCUGGUGCAUUAAAAUGUAUUCAUGUUUCUUCCAUGUUAGCCCCUACUCAUCUUCCUAUCCUCUCCUAGUCCAUUUGUUAAACUGCAUCUGAACAAACAACCCAUGACUUAAGGACAGCCUGCCCACCAUGUUACGUUAACCAUGACUAUGUCACUGUCUGCCUGGUGCUACAAUAGUAUGAGGCUUAAAACAUUAAGAGAAAGCCGGGCAGUGGUGCACACCUGUAAUCCCAGCACUCAGGAGGCAGA